AAAGAUGUCUUCCAGAUGAACAUGGAGAUAUCCCGAAGACGUACAGUAUUUGUGCUCAUGGGGGUAAUCCUGAACAGUUUUACACAAUUAAUAGUUAUUUUCUCUUUCUAAUUGGUGAACAUUGUAAAUAAGUUGUAAGUAUAAAGUUAUUUGGAUUAUUUGCCUUAAUUUCUUAAGGAUUUUGUUUAUUUAUAGGUCUGUCACUACUUUUCUUCAGUGAAACUGACCUAGCUAUUUGGCAGCUUAGCUGCUUUUGUCACUGAUGUUGUCUACAUGAUGUUGGGAAAGUGUUUUGUCAUUAGUUUCCUCUCAGUGGCCAGAGCUGCACAGUGACGUAACAAUUUUGUGACGCAGCUGAUUAUUAAGUCACGUGUUCGCGUAACAGAAAACUCUGACCAUUGUUAAUCUGUUUAGCAGUUCGCAGACUGCUAGGGGAGCAUAUUUCUGUGCGGAAAUGUCGAAAGAAAGUUUGUUUGAACUGUUGAAGCUUUCCAUCGACUCUCCUGAAGGGGGAGUUGUGAACUUUAAGGCCCUGCGCGCGCUGCUGCACGGUAUACUGAAGUGCCUGUGCGCGCGGAGGGACGCGGACGCUGGCAGGGAUGUGGAGGAGAAGAGCUCAGAGCAGCAGGAAGCGCCGCUGGAAGCGCCGCUGGAACAGCUGUCCAGCCAUGCACAGCUGCCGAGUCUCUCAGCCCCUGACACGAGCGCGCAACAGGACAGCGAGGAACGAGUGUCCAAGUGUAUGUGUCUCAUGCAAGAUUUGGUAAAAGAGAAUCAGGAGCUCAAGGAGGAGACACACAACUUGAAGAAAGAAGUGAAGACACUUCAAAAUCAGCUUACUCAGUGUAUGACUUGGGAAGCCGUGCAGACUGCUCUCAUCUCCGAGAGAGAAAAGAUAAUGAAGGAACUGAAGGAUAGCAUCACAGGCCCUCCGACCUCAAGGGACGCUUUCACAGCCGUAUCUGAUGGAGACUUGCCCGAUCUAGCUGGCCAGACCUUGUCCCAGGUCAGCAGUGGGGUUGAGCACUACCCAGAGACACUGGAAACUCUGACGGAUGUAGGUCGACUACAGGAGAAGCACGAGAGCCUGGAGGCUCGUGUGAAGCACCUGGAAGGAGAAAGAGAAAAUAUACUGGCUCAAAUGAAUCAAUUGAAAACUCAGUUGGACACCAUAAUGGCAGAUAGAAAGAAGGUAUAUGAAUUGGAGUCCUUGGUCAUGGGCACAUUGAACAUGUCAGGGAGUUCAGGAUUAGGUGAGGAACUUGCCAAGUCUGAGGUGACAGAGAGCAAGAGCAGAGACAGUAUCAGUGGACCAGAUCAGCAGCUUCACCUGCAAACAGCUGACCUCAGGAAUACAGUGCAGAAGCUGGAUGAGGAGGUGCAAAAUGUGAAGCAAGAACUGUUGGUGCUCAAAAUGGAACAGAAGAGAAGCCCAGAUAAGGAAAUGCAGGAUAAGACCUCAGAGUUGACAAGUGAUGUGCAGGGGGUUGUCCUGCAACUCCAGGCUGAGUGUGAGAAGCUCCACAGUACAACCAACCAGCUGAUGAAAGAUCACAUGCAGGAACAAAGCCACAUUGAGCACUUGUACAAGACUGUGAAGGAGCUGGAUGAAAAGAAGGCAGACAAGAAGGCAGUGAAAAUUGGAAAAGGGAUUAAAGCUGACAUGCAGGCACUGGAGACCAGGGUCCUCCAGUGUGAUACAACAACAGAACAGCUGAACAGGAUGUUUCAGGAUCUACUCAACAACAUCACAGACCAUGAGGAGAAUUGUCAUAAGGUUAUUGAGAAGAUCUUCAGGGAACUGGACUGCAAGCUGAACAACACUGAGCUGGAUCCUCUGAAGAAUCAGCUAGAGGAUUGCCGGACAAGAAUGCUCAAGCAGAUAGAGGCCAAACCUGCCCUAGAAUGUGAUGAUGCUGCUGUUCUUAAGAAACAGAUUAUUACAAGGUUCAACUGCCUGUCCUGUGAUCGCCCUGUCAACAUGAUUACUCCUGGACCACGCUUGCUGGCAUUGCCUGAGCUUCCUAGUUUACCCCCUUCAAAGCACAACAGGAGCCUGAAGCCAUGCACUAACCUGGGCCAGUGUGAGAGAUCACCUACAGACAUGGAACAAACCAUGAUGUUCAGAGAGAGUGACAGCUCUGGUUCCGAUGCGCACGUCUACAAGGAAUGUCAAGACACCAGUGAUGUGAAGACUAUGGAAGUGAGACUGCCCACCAUCUCCCCCAAGGAAGACUACUGCAAAAACAAGGACAUGGUCAGCCACGGUCAGUUACUGACAUCUAGUGGAAGAAAGCCUAGCCGGCUGUUGCCAUUACGACCGCAGCAUGCCAAGACACCGCUCAAUUGCUCUGGUUCAAGCUGCUUUGAGAAAGAUAAGCAAUGGCUCCAUGAGGACUCCUUGCCACAGACCCCACUGUCCCCACAGGAAGAUUCUUCAGUGCCGUCAGCCAAGAAAACCUGAUGGCCUCGCUCCUCCAAUAAUGACUGAAUCCACAUGGUAACACUUUACAAUAAUGGUACAUUAGUAAAUGCCAGUUAUGUGUGAGCUUACGUAUUACAUAAAUAAGCUACUGUUGUUUCACUCUCUUAAUGUCAGGGUCAUGAGAAUAUAAAAUUGGGUAAUAUGACCUUGACCCUGCCAUCUUGGGGCCACUAGAAGGACUCUGUAGCCUAGCUGAUGAAUUCUGUUUACUUUAGGCAGAAUCAGCAGUAAAGGUGGAAAGGUGCACAUAGGUCUGUGUUCUGGGGUGAUGGAACAUACAGUAGGCAUUAUGAAUCCUGUAGCUGCAUCUAAUAGCUUUAGCUCAUGAAAAAGGAGAGCUUUUAGGAACUAAUUCAGCCCAAUAGACAGAUACAGUCAUCCUUGUUCGUCCUGAGUAGAAUCCUAUGUUUUAAAAUGUGGAGUGUACAUUUUCAAUCAUGAAUCUGUCAAAUAAGAAACUUCCUUGGGCAGAGCUGCAAACUUGUUGAGGUUUGAUACUGUCGUACUAGCUAAAGUGAACAUCAUAGCCCGUGUGCAGUUAAGCUGUCAGGCAAUCUAAAUCAUUCUUUCAAACUCCUGAUAAAAGCCUUGCAGUGUGGCCUAGUGAAAUUUGUACUUCACUACCUAAUCCUACACGGGCUGCCAUUUUUUUUUUAAAGGUCGUCAUGGUUUAGAGCCUGUCAGCAGUACGUGUGAGCUGGCAGAGGCUAAUCCAGACUUGUUUUUCAGAUCUUACUGAGGCAUGACUGAGAAGUGAGAAUGCCAGCUCAUCUGCCAGGUCAUUAUCAACCUAAAAAUCUUGCAGAUGUAGCUGUAGACCUAGCAUCCUCACACUGGCAUUUAGGAGGAGUGAGAGUGAACAUUACAUGCUGUAUUACGAAAAAAUAUCAAGUGAUUCUUUACAUGUACCAUUAUUGUAAACUGUUACACAAUGUGAUAGCUCACUGAAUAAAAAUGUACAUGAAACCUAUGAUGUACAUAUAAUGUAUAUAAACAGUUUAGGUUCAAGUCUCAAUCAUUGAACAGUUGAUAACUUCACGUUGAUAUGAU